AUUGGCAUCGUAGUUCAUGUGCACGGUUGUACAGAGGGCACCUCACACUGGACUCGGCUAAAAGCGGCCCAUAACCCAUGUCCCAUGACACCUCUUCUCCUUCUCUCUAAUGGUGGUAACACAAUAAAAUAAACAAUGGGAAAUGUUUAACAUGAUAUGCUAUAAUUUAAUUAUGUGGCAUGAGUUCGUCCGCUGUUCUGGUAUCCCUAUGCGUUAUUCGUAUCGAGAUCUGUGAUUUAGAAUUAGAAGAAUCAAUCAGUACAAUGGCUAUGAAGAUGAGAGGCCGUAGAGAACCAAGAGAUAUCAAUGUAGAAACUUAUACAAAUUCAAUCUCAGAAGGUACAUCUCCACUGUUAUCAAGUCAAAGCACAAGUAAAUCACAUUCAUCCUCAAGAGCUAAUUCUGAUGAAACAUCAUGCGCAAACUCUAACCAUGUUGUAAGUUCUGGUUCUGGAGAGAUAACUGGUGCAGCUGCUUGUACAUCGCCAGAUCAAAUCAAUUUUUUUUCGGGAAAUCCAUUUGUUGAAGUCACAAAAGGCAUUCUUCAUCUUUUCAAGGAAGAUGAAUUGACUGAAAUGCAUUGUGCUGCAGAUCGCAGUCAUACUAUUUGUAUGCUGUCAGUACCAGCAACAAUGACUUGCCAUGAUCUUUUAACUUUCACAGCAGCUUGUCAUCAGGACAUACAACAUUUUAGGAUACUCAGAGAUGGUAGUCCUAAUCAGUACAUGGCUUUGAUCACUUUUAGAUCAUCGAAUGCAGCCAGUGAGUUUUAUGAAACUUUCAAUGGUGCUCCCUAUAACUCUCUGGAACCUGAUGUAGUUUGUCACAUGGUAUUUGUGUCCAAAGUUGAAAUAGGAGACAAUGGGAUGCCUUUAAGUAGGCAUACAGAAUUACCAUCAUGUCCUGUCUGUUUGGAAAGGAUGGACGAAAGUGUGGAUGGGAUCCUGACGAUAUUAUGUAAUCAUACGUUCCAUUCUAGUUGUCUUGUAAAGUGGGGUGAUACAUCCUGCCCCAUCUGUCGAUAUGCCCAAACACCAGAACCAUUAGCUGAUAGCCGUUGCAUGGAAUGUGUUGCAGAUGCCAGCAAUGAUGCUUUGUGGAUCUGCUUGAUUUGCGGUCAUGUGGGUUGUUCGCGUUAUCAUCAGGGCCACGCGUUCGAACAUUACCGAGAUACACAUCACUGCUAUGCAAUGCAACUGGGCAACAAUCGUGUUUGGGAUUAUGUCGGUGAUAAUUUCGUACAUCGAUUGCUACAGGACAAAGAUGGCAAAAUGGUGGAAGGUGGUCGUACCGAGGCCAAGAAUGAAGGCGCCGCUGUGGAAGAAAAAGUUGACUCAGUGCAAUUGGAAUUCACGUAUUUAUUAACAUCACAAUUGGAAACACAACGUCAAUACUUUGAAGAGAAGCUUAGUCGUUUGGAACAACGUUCUAAAACUGAGAUUACCGAGUUGAGGGACAAACUAGGAGAAGUGCUUGAGGAGAAUUCGCAGUUCAAGUUUUCGAUGCUAAAUCGGGAUAAACAGACAUUGGAAAAACGUCUACAACAAUCCACCAAUAAAUUAACGCAAAUACAAGCGGAAUUAACGGAAGAAGAAGAGCUAAGGAAGGCCUUGCAACUAAAUCAAACUUCGUGGCAAAUGAAAUACAAGACAUUGGAGAAUGAACUGUCCGAAUUAAAAACUGCGAAAGAAACGGAAAUCGCCGACUUAAAGGAACAAGUUCGGGAUCUCAUGUUUUUCCUCGAUGCACAAAAUCAGAUUGAGAAGUCUGUCGAUCGCGACGAAAUUGCCGCUGGUCGUAUUGUCGUUCCUCCAAGUCCUAGCAGUGGAAAAUCAUCAGGAUCUCGAGGACAUAAAGGCCACAAGAAACAUUGAUGCUACCAUGCAGUAUCUCUUUAUUCAACUGCAUAAGGAACACGAUUAGCACAAAUAAGGCAUUUAACAUGAAGAACCUCAGCAAAUAUGCGUUUCGACAGUUCAUUAAUUCCUGAGCUAUCUUUUUCUAAAGAAAGCAUAUUACACAAUAAAUACACAGAAAAAUAACUCACUACCA